GGAGCCGCCAGGAACUCCUGGCUGGGGUGAGACCAAGGUCAGGAGGGGGCCACCAGAAAUGCAGGACCAACACCUGAGACCAGAGGCAGACCCCCAGAAGGAGCAGCUCCCUGGGAAAGCGAGCCCUGAACAUGUUGGUGUGGGGACAGGUGAUGGUGUGCGCUCACAGGCCGUACAGGAGUGCAUAGACGCUGUCCGCGAGGGGGACUCAAGUAGACCCCCUAAAGGUGCGGUGGCUCAGGGAGAGGGACAGCCCUACGUCUGCAGGGAUUGCGGGAAAGCCUUUAGCAGGAGACACCUCCUUACGCAGCACGAGCUGGUUCACUCCAGAGUGAAGCCCUUUGAGUGCACCGAGUGUGGAAAGACCUUUAGCAAGAGCACAACCCUCCUUCAGCACCACGUCAUCCACACCGGCGAGAAGCCCUACGAGUGCGCCGAGUGCGGGAAGGCCUUCAACCAGCGGGCACACCUCACGCAGCACCAGCGCAUCCACACGGGCGAGAAGCCCUACACGUGCAGCGACUGCGGCAAGGCCUUCACGCACCACUCCACCUUCGUCCUGCACAAGCGCAGCCACACGGGCGAGAAGCCCUUCGCCUGCAAGGAGUGCGGGAAGGCGUUCCGGGACCGGCCGGGCUUCCUGCGCCACUACACCAUCCACACGGGAGGCAAGCCCUACGAGUGUGGCGAGUGCGGCAAGGCCUUCAACCACAGGUACGAGCUCAUGCGGCACCAGCGCGGCCACGCCGAGAAGCAGCAGUUUGAGUGCCCGGAGUGUGGGAAGGCCUUCAACUACAGGUCCCACCUGGCCCAGCACCAGCGCGUCCACACUGGGGAGAAGCCGUACAAGUGCGCCGAGUGCGGCAAGGCCUUCAACCAGCGGGCACACCUCACGCAGCACCAGCGUGUCCACACAGGCGAGAAGCCCUACGCCUGCGGCGAGUGCGGGAAGACCUUCGCCCACCUCUCCACCUUCGUCCUGCACAAGCGGAGCCACACGGGCGAGAAGCCCUACGCCUGCGGCGAGUGCGGGAAGACCUUCGCCCACCUCUCCACCUUCGUCCUGCACAAGCGGAGCCACACGGGCGAGAAGCCCUUUGAGUGCAAGGAGUGCGGGAAGGCGUUCCGGGACCGGCCUGCCCUGUUCCGACACUACAGCAUCCACACAGGCGAGAAGCCCUACGAGUGCAUCGAGUGUGGCAAGGCCUUCAGCCGCAAGGCGCACCUCACGCAGCACCGGAGGACGCAUGCCGGUGCAAGAAGCCCUGUCAGUGUGACAGACGUGGGAAGACCAUUCACGAGUGGGCACAGCUCAGUCAACUUGCAGGGACUCCUCCUGGGGGUGGACUUUCUAGGUGUAACCACUGACGAAAACCUUUGGCCCCAGGAACCGUCUUUCUCGGCAUCCGAUGGUCCUUGCCAAAGGGAACAUUCCCAGGUGUCAUCCCUGUGA